AUGGUGGAAGAAGUCGUCCGUCGAGGUGAGAUCCUGUACUGGCAGGACGUCGCCGAUUGGGUAACAGCGGAACGCGCGAAGCUUGGCAUGGAGGAGUUACAAGGGGAAUACCCAAGAAAAAUCGCCCGGGCCAUAUCGGCAAGCAUCGAGGAGUUCGCGACUUCACGCUUGCCACCAUCCAACCAGCUAGCGAAUAAGGGCGGGUCUCUGAAGUCGAUUCUGGAGGAAGUCGAGAAGGACACGGAGGACGCAGACGCAAGGAUGUCCGUCGUGCGGGCAGCUGGUACAAUUGUUCGAGCCGACGUGGAGAGUGAUCCUGCCCUGAACAACACCUCCGGGACGCGCGAGAAGCAUCGCUACGCCGAUAAGUUGGACAUGAAAGUGAAGCCACCCAGAGAGACUCUACUAACCGCGUUUCCUCCGGCCUUGGUUGGGUUUUACCAAAGCAUGACGAACAUGGCGCUGUAUCGCGAGAUCAUCGCAUCAGAGACCGAGCAUCCUGGAGAGCCCUGGGUGUGGCAUACCGAAGGGCGAGACGGACGGCACCCUACCAACUCGGGCGUCUUGGAGGGCGCGAACGUUGAUGGAGAAAAGAAGGACGAGAGACCGAGCAUCCUGGAGAGCCCUGGGUGUGGCAUACCGAAGGGCGAGACGGACGGCACCCUACCAACUCGGGCGUCUUGGAGGGCGCGAACGUUGAUGGAGAAAAGAAGGACGAGGCUUCUAGUGAUGUGUACGGUGGUGGUGAAGUCCAUUUGGCGUGGUCGGCGCAUGGGUUCGCACGACAUCAAAGGGGCUCAGUGGGCAAAGUCUAAGGCCGGGGAUCUCUUACGGUGGAAGACGUCCUUAUGGGGCCGGAGCGGGACCGGGAGGACGGAGCACGGCGGUAUAACGAGUUUUCGGCCGAACUCUACCGCGGCGUAUUCGCUGAGGCGCGGAACAACUCCGACAGGGCUGCCUGCAGCAGACACAUACUUCGAGUCUAAACUCCGCUAG